AUGGUCGGAUCGAAUGUCCUCCUCCAGCCCUGGAGGAGGGCGGUUUCCCAUGCUGUUCGGCCGAGGACGACCACACCUACGUACCAGUACCGAUACUUCAGGGCAACUGCUCGAAUCUCUGCCAACGAUAAGUCGCAGUCCUUUAAGAAUCAGCUGUAUGAGAGUACGCAGCAGCGGUUGAAGCGGGAGCGCGCUGAGCAGGAACGGUUUUCUCAGUAUCAGACUCAGUCACCAGGUGGUCGCUAUGCGGCUUUGACGUUCGCAUUGGUUUUCUUCUCUACUGGUGCAUAUUACCUAGGAUCAUUGAAGCCCGCUAGUCUUCCAACGUCGUCAACCACCACCCUCUUCGAAAUCGAGCCGCCGCUCCACAAUAUCUCACCGGCAAAUCUACAGGCCGCUUGGGCAGACUUCGUUGAGAUUCUAGGAAAGGAAAAUGUAUCCACGGAACAUGGUGACCUCGAUGUACAUUCCGGUUCUGAUUGGUCUUCGUACACACUCAAAAAAGAUGAAAGGCCUUUCCUUGUCCUCUAUCCAGCAACCACCGAGGAGGUUUCCCGAAUUAUGAAAGUCUGCCAUCAACGGGUCAUUCCUGUGACGCCCUACUCCGGUGGUACCAGUCUGGAGGGGCAUUUUGCUCCCACGAGAGGAGGGGUGUGUAUCGAUUUUCGCCGCAUGGAUCGUAUCCUGGAGCUCCACAAAAAGGACCUUGACGUUGUGGUCCAGCCUGCAGUUGGGUGGGAAGACCUUAAUGAGGAAUUGUCUAAAGAAGGUCUCUUUUUUCCACCUGACCCGGGUCCCGGCGCUAUGAUUGGCGGUAUGGUCGGCACUGGCUGUUCCGGGACCAAUGCUUACAGAUACGGCACAAUGCGAGAAUGGGUUCUUUCUUUGACUGUUGUCCUUGCAGAUGGAACUAUUAUCAAAACAAGACAACGUCCGCGGAAAUCGAGCGCCGGCUAUGAUCUCACCAGGCUGUUCAUUGGAAGUGAAGGAACUCUUGGGCUUGUGACGGAGGCUACAUUGAAGCUGACUGUCAAGCCCAAGAGUCAAAGCGUUGCCGUUGCUAGUUUCCCAUCCAUUCACAACGCCGCAGAGUGCGUGACCCGCGUGGUGGAAGAAGGUAUCCCAGUUGCGGGGGUUGAGAUCCUUGAUGACGUCCAAAUGAAAUGCAUCAACGAUAGUCGGACGACUCGUCGACAGUGGAAGGAGGACCCCGUGGGGGUCAAAGAACAAAUUGAGCUUGUUCGGAAAAUCGUCUCUAGUAGUGCAGGGCAAUCUUUCGAAUUCGCUCGAGGGGAAGAUGAAAUGAAAGAACUUUGGAGUGCUCGGAAAGACGCGCUCUGGAGUGUGAUGUCCAUGAGGCGAGGUCCCGAGGACCGCGUUUGGACCACCGAUGUGGCAGUGCCGAUGAGCAAGCUGCCCGACAUAAUCGAGGCAACGAAGCAGGAUAUGACAGAAAGCGGAUUGUUGGCCGGAAUUUGCGGCCAUGUCGGGGAUGGCAAUUUUCACGCAAUUAUCCUGUUCAAUGAGGAUGAAAAGAAAAUUGCGGAAGGUGUUGUGCACCGAAUGGUCAAGCGAGCAGUUGAAAUGGAAGGCACAGUCACUGGCGAACACGGGGUUGGCCUCAUCAAGCGGGACUAUCUUCAGCAUGAAGUUGGGGAAACCACGGACUCUAGCUGUGGGACUGGUUUGGAUCCCGACGUUGACUCUAUGCAGGUAAAAAUGGCGCUGGAUCCCCUUCGCUUACUUAAUUGCGACAAAGUUGUUCGAGUAGAACAACCAACGCCAGGGGAAUUAAAGAAGUGGUGA